AGAAAACUCACUGUCAGUCUGUAACGACAUCGAAGUCUUUAUUAAGUUGUCCUUAGUAAACUAAUCCAACCCCACAAACACGUCAGCUCAAUCGUUAUUCUUAUCUUUUUCUACUCUUCCAUUAUUGCUGUAUUAUUUUCCUUUAAAUUCAAACCCUCUUUUGUUAUUAUGUUGAGACUCUUUGGUUAAGCUCAAGUACGCCAAUGGAGUCAAAAUCGCCUGCUAAUUUCGUCUUAGGAAAGCAAUCCUAUCUGGCGCCGGACCAACCGGUUCAGGCACAGGAUGCGGAAGGCUCAGGCUCCGAGGCGGCGAUAGACCCGAGGGUUCGGCUUAUGUACAUGGCCAAUGAGGGAGACUUGGAGGGGAUUAAGGAGUUAUUGAACUCUGGCACGGAUGUCGAUUUCCGUGACAUCGAUGAACGCACCGCUUUGCAUGUUGCGGCUUGCCAGGGAAGGACCGAUGUUGUUCAGUUGUUGCUCAGCCGUGGAGCCGACGUCGACCCCAAAGACCGUUGGGGCAGCACGCCUCUUGCAGAUGCAGUAUAUUACAAACACUAUGACAUAAUCAAGCUUUUGGAGAAACAUGGUGCAAAGCCUCUGAUAGCCCCAAUGCAUGUCCAAAAUGCUCGAGAUGUCCCUGAGUAUGAAAUUGAUCCUGCAGAGCUUGAUCUUUCCAACAGCGUUGAAAUAACAAAGGGAACCUUUCGCAUGGCAUCAUGGCGUGGUAUUCAGGUUGCUGUUAAGACACUUGGAGAGGGAGUGCUCACCGAUGAGGAUAAAGUGAAGGCAUUCGGAGAUGAGCUUGCAUUACUUCAGAAAAUACGUCAUCCAAAUGUUGUCCAGUUUUUGGGUGCUGUAACUCAAAGCACUCCAAUGAUGAUUGUCACAGAAUAUCUACCUAAGGGGGAUCUUUGUGCAUAUCUGAAGAAAAAGGGUGCACUGAAGCCCACACUAGCAGUGAAGUUUGCACUUGACAUUGCUAGGGGAAUGAAUUAUUUGCAUGAGCAUAAACCUGAAGCCAUAAUUCAUCGAGAUCUUGAGCCUUCAAAUAUACUGCGGGAUGAUUCUGGGCAUCUGAAAGUUGCGGACUUUGGUGUUAGCAAGAUACUGAAAGUUUCAAAUACAGUUAAGGAAGACAGACCCGUGACAUGCCAAGAUACUUCCUGUAGAUAUGUGGCUCCAGAGGUUUACAGAAAUGAAGAAUAUGACACUAAAGUCGAUGUGUUUUCUUUUGCUUUGAUCUUACAAGAGAUGAUUGAGGGUUGCCCACCAUUCUCAACAAGGCAAGAAAGUGAGGUUCCUAAAGUGUAUGUUGCACAUGAGCGUCCACCAUUCAGAGCUCCUCCAAAGCAUUAUGCAUAUGGAUUAAGAGAGUUGAUUGAGGAAUGUUGGAGUGAGGAGCCUUUCAAGAGACCAACAUUCAGGGAAAUCAUUACAAAUUUGGAUUAUAUAUAUAAUCAACUCCGUCAUAAGAGCCAAUGGAAGGAAGGUUUUUGUUUGCUGUUUUUCCCAAGGGAUAUUCACACUAGUGUACAUGUCAUUUUGCCCAAAGUCAUUUUAAAAUUAAAGAUAUAUGUUCUUACCCUACCACUCCCAAGAUGUAGCUUGAAUGGCAAAGGGAUGUGAUACCAAAAAUGAGAGCUUGAUUCAAGUAUCUUGACGACAUAUCAAACCCAAAGUUUUACCUGUUUAAUAUAGUUGGUUUGACGAGUGGGGUUUCUUAUUACUUAAAAAAAAAAAAAAGCCCAUACUCCUUGCAUUUCAUACAAUUUCAAUACCCAUCUACCUUCUCUUCUAAUCAAUUCUCUGUAAUUUCAACACACAAAACAACACAUUAGCAUCAGUUAGAUCUCACAAGCAUGGGAUGAAGGUUCAAUUUGUAUGCUGAGGAAUGCAAAUGAAAGAGUCAAUCAUGGGUAUCAGGUUUUGAAUGCGUUGCCAUGAGAGUAAGACAUGCUGACAAUUUGGACGGAGCUUUUCUAACGUCAUGUUUUUGUUGAGCAGGAAAAAUGUCUUGAUCUUUUGACACAUUUUUUAGAAUCUGUUUAUUUUGAUGUAUUAAACAUGAAGCUUAUCCACUAAUACUUUAUAUACAGGUUGGACCGCUAAAAUGUUUUCUGAACCUAGAAGCCUUCUCGAAGAAAGAGAAGUCAAAUCCGAGCAGCCGUGCAUCUCGAUCUAGGACAAAUGAGUAAUUACAGCCUCAAUGUUUGCAUUGUUUUAGUUCUCUUCUUACGUGGAACUAGUGAAGUUUUAUUCUUUAAAGAAAUAAGUAGAUAUUAGAUUUUGUCAAUAUUUCAAUUGAGUGGUCUAUUUAGUAUCA